AUGGCGGCCUCCAAGGAGCUCGGAUUACUUGUGGUGCUCGCCCUCUUCAUUGCCGCCUUUGUCGCGUCGAUGAACGCGCUCACAUCGUCGAGCCGUUCGCCGGUGCGCGACGAGAGCAGCAACAAUACCGUAACGUACACGAUGCGUCUCCACCGACUUUUCGGCGCACCCGACGGCGUCAACCGCAGCAUGAUUGGCGUCAAUGGUGGCUUUGGCUGGGACUUUGUCAUCCGCGCGCGCGAGGGCCAGCGCCUCGUGGUCCAUGUGCUCAACGAACUGGACGAGCCGACGACGAUCCAUUGGCACGGCAUCUUCCAGAACCACAGCAACGCGUACGACGGCGCGUCGCACGUCACGCAGUGUCCGAUUCCGGCUGGCGGCCGCCUCACCUACGCGGUCAAGCUUGAGCAAUAUGGCACGUACUGGUGGCACUCGCACCACGGACCUCAGUACAUUGAUGGUCUCCGCGGACCCAUGAUCAUCGACCCGAUCGCGACGCCAUCGGUGGCAUCCGACGAAGAGCUGAUCGUGGAGCUCAGUGACUGGUACCACCGCCAAGGCGCCGACAUUGUUGCGGCCAUCAACUCGCCAACCCUCGACAUCAACCGCCCCGUGGACAUCAUCCCCGACGCUGCUCUCGUGAAUGGACGAGGGCGCUUCAACUGCUCGUUUGCGGUUGGAGCGUGUGCGCCACAAGCAGCGUACACCAUUUUUCACGUGCGCCGCAAUGCGUCGUACCGGCUUCGCCUCAUCAACACGGCUGCGUUCGCGGGCUUUAACGUGAGCUUGGACGGCCAUUCGAUGACCGUCGUGAGCGUCGACGGCAUCGACGUGGAGCCGAGAACCGUGACGCACCUGCGUAUCAACGUCGCCCAGCGCUACGACGUCAUCGUGCACGCCAACGCGUCACCUGACAGCAACUUCUGGCUCCGCGCCACAAUGAACAACGUGGCGCCGCUCUUCUUUCUCGUGCCACCAACCGGCCAAGACAUUUACGGCAAGGCUCUCUGGUCCUACAGCAACGCGACCGACGACGCGCCACGCGACGAUGUCACGAUGACAGAUCGCAUCGACUUGGACGAAUUGCUUUUGGUGCCGUUGCUAAAGGAAGUGGCGCCCGCGCCCGAGCUCGCCUUCAACUUUACCAUCCGCAUCCAGAAGAACGACACGACCAACGUCUCGGGUCCGCACGUCGCCAUCGAUGACGGACCGGCGUUUCCGUACCGGUACACAACGACCACGCCAACGCUCUUCUCGGUGAUGAACGACGACCCGCUGCCAGCGGAGAUCCACCCGCUCGUGCUGCACCAGAGUCGCACCAGUGUCCAGAUUCUGGUCAUCAACUACAACCAGGGCGAGCACCCGUUCCACAUGCACGGUCACGCGUUUUGGGUCAUGGCACACGGCACCAACUUGGCGCAUAUUCCCAGCAUGGAAUCGCUCAAUGCUCUUGUAGCGCCCAUGAAGCGGGACACGGUCGCUGUCGCCGCCUGCGACUCGUUCCGCGGUGAGUGCGUGCAGCCCGGCUGGACCAUCUUGCGCGUCGUGCUUGACAACCCCGGUGUUUGGCUCUUCCACUGCCACAUUGAAUGGGACAUGGCCACCGGCAUGGGCAUGACGCUGAUCGUGAACCCGUCGACGCUGCGCUCGAUGGGUCUACCGAGCGACAUUCAACGCACGUGCGCGGCGCCGUAG